AGUGUAUCAAAUUAAAUUACCAAAUAAGUAGAUAUUGUAUAGAAGUAGUUUUAGUUAGGGUUUAUGGUUGAUAAUUUACAGUCUUUGCUAAGUGAUUAAAGCAAAAAAAAAUAUACAUAUAAGGGAGUUGGAAGAAGGAUAAUCUAUAUGGCAUUUAGCUAUUUUUUUAUUUUUAUUUCAGAGAUCACAUUUUUGAGUUUAGUAACUUAAUUGUAUGAUUAAAUGAACUUUAAAUAUCUUGGAAAUAUAUCCGUAUUUGUAACUUAUGCUUUCUUUGGUUUAGGUAAUUUUAUCUCGCCUUAUAUUACUUAGAAAUUCAGUGUUAAAUGGCUUCAAUUCAUAUGCGCUUUGAUCAUAACUGGUUUUAUUUCUUUAGGCAUUUUAGUGUCAAGUUGCUCAGAUCAUUAAGAUGAUGAUUUAUUUAUAUGCAAAAAACCACUAAUAUAUUCUAUUGUAAUAUUUGUCACAGCUUUAAAUGGUAUAAACAGCGCAGUACUAUGGAGUUCUUAGAGCGCAUUCAUGAUGUUUUUCUGUAAACUAUAUCCUGAAAAGGAAGGAAAAUUAAUAGGAAUAUUCUGGAGCAUUUUUUAGCUAAGUCAAGGACUAGGUUCUAUCAUGGCUUUCGUUUUGCUCAAGUAUUUUUCUUAAACUUUGUUUAUGGUUUUUAUGACUGGCAUUGCUGGUUUUGGAGCUUUUAUGUUAUUCUUUUAUGAAGACAUUCCAAUUCACUUAAUUAAAUAAUCUGAAAUUUAAUUAUCUAUGAAUUCUUAAUAUUCUUAUGUGCUUAGUGAAAAUACAAGAAAAAGGGUUUAAAAAUUUAAAAAUUUACUUUUAUAGAAAGAAAUGUAGUCCUACUUUUCAUUUUUCUUUAUGAAUGGUGUUGCUAUAGCUUUUUAUUCUAGCUAUUUGUAUAUUAUAAUUUAAUCUUCCCUUGGAUACUCUUUGGAUACAGCUUAACUAAAUGAUGAAUAAAAAUAAGACAUCAACAUUAAAACUACUUAUGUAUUUACAGUACUUGGCUUCAGCGAAAUACUAGCUGCUGCUAUUUGCGGUAAACUGAUGGGUAAGAUUCAUUAUACAAAAGUAGCUUAUUUCUCUAAUAUAAUUCUAUAGCUAUGUGUAGUCUUUAGUUUUAUUGCUUAUUUCCUUCAGAGUUAUGCUCUUUGUUUUGUUUGCGGAUUCCUUUGGGGUUUUGUAGAUUGCUUUUAAAUUAGUGUGGCGAGCUACAUAUGCUAAGUAAAAUUUAAUGGUUAAAUUGAAAGCUUUAGCAUUUUUAGAUUCUUUUAAGGAAUGGGAGUAAUGAUUACUAUUUUGAUCAGCAUUUUUAUGGAAAGCAUAGCAUAAUAUUAUUUUAUUUUUGUUAUAUUGUGCUUUUAAAUUUUAUCAAGCUCAUUAAUGCUUUCUUAAUUUAACAAAGAAAACUUAAACGAGAUAUUAUCCAUCAAAUAGCAAUCUCCUAAAUAAAGUAUUAUUUAAUUAGAUUUAAAAGGAUAAAAAAUCGAUAGUUUUUAAUUAUAAUAACCUUCAUGA